AGUUUCAGCCAAAACAACUCAACCCUUUUAAAGUUUUGUUUUGUUGAUGUCUCAGUGGCGGUCAAGCGAUUUUCUUACUACAGUUCUAGAUUCCAAACUUUAAUAUUUUAAAAUUUGAAUAAUUUUUUUAAUGUUAAUUGUUUGUAGUAAUUAUUAAUAUUUGUAGUUUUGCAAUAAUUUUUGGUAUGGAAUCUGUUGUUGAAGAAAAACCUGAACUAUCAGUUGAUCGAGAAAAAACUUGCCCUUUAUUGCUGAGAGUUUUUUUAAGCAAAGGAAGACAUCACUCUCUAAGUGAUUUUCAAAGAGGAAAUGUACCACCUAAUGAGCUUCAAAUUUAUACAUGGCUCGAUGCAACUUUGAAAGAAUUGACAAGCCUAGUGAAAGAAGUGAACCCUGAUGCGAGACGAAAAGGAACUCAUUUUGACUUUGCCCUGGUUUUCCCUGAACCCAGAGGACCCAAUUACAGAAUGAGAGAAAUUGGAAGAACAUGUUCAGGUGAGAAAUCUGCUGACGAUGGUAAAUCUCUGUCUGCUUGCCGAUUUCAGAUUGGUGACUACUUAGACAUAGCCAUAUCACCACCUCCCUAUCGUGAUAGACCACCUCAAUCCAGAAGAGUGAGGAUUUAAAAAAGCUUCUUUCAUUAAGACUGAAAUUCUCAUACUGCAACACAAUUUCAUAUUUUAGUGAAUAAAUUUGUACAUAAAUAUUGCUCAUGUGUCAAUAAAUUUUGUGGAAUAAUUA